AUGGAUGACCAGACCUCCAGCGUGAUCCCAUCGCCCUCCUCCGCCAGGCACAGAGGCAGCAACGCGACUGACCGCCGGGGUUAUGCCGAGGUGGAGAACGGCGUCAUGACGGUGGAAAACAUACUGGAGGAGUCCGCCGUACUCUCGGCGCCUCACCUGUCCGUGGAUCGAUACGAGCGCGGUCGCCAGGGAUGCUGCGAGAGGGUCGUUAUCAACAUUUCAGGUUUACGCUUCGAGACGCAACUUAAAACUUUCAACCAGUUCCCAGACACGCUGCUGGGGGACCCCAGGAAAAGGAUGCGCUACUUUGACCCACUGAGGAACGAGUACUUCUUCGACAGGAACAGACCCAGCUUUGAUGCCAUCCUUUACUACUACCAGUCAGGGGGGCGCAUACGGAGACCUGUUAACGUCCCCAUUGAUAUUUUCUCCGAGGAGAUUAGGUUUUAUCAACUAGGAGAGGAAGCGAUGGAGAAAUUCCGUGAUGAUGAAGGCUUUAUAAAAGAAGAGGAGCGCGUACUGCCCAAAAAUGAUUUCCAAAAGCAGGUUUGGCUUUUGUUUGAGUAUCCCGAAAGCUCCGGGCCAGCGAGGGGGAUAGCCAUCGUUUCAGUGCUUGUUAUUUUGAUUUCAAUUGUCAUUUUCUGCAUGGAGACUCUGCCGGAAUUUCGGGAUGACAGAGACCAAGCCACAGUGGCACCCACGGUCAAUGGCACAGCUCCCUAUGUGCCAAACCCGUUCACAGACCCUUUCUUUGUGAUAGAGACUCUCUGCAUCAUAUGGUUCUCUUUCGAGUUGCUGGUCAGGUUUUUCGCCUGCCCCAGCAAAACAUCCUUCUCCAAAAACAUCAUGAAUAUCAUUGACAUUGUCGCCAUAAUCCCCUACUUUAUCACUUUGGGGACAGAGCUGGCCCAGAAGGAAAACAACGGCGGCCAACAGGCGAUGUCCCUCGCCAUCCUGAGGGUGAUCAGGCUGGUGAGAGUCUUUCGCAUUUUUAAGCUCUCACGACACUCAAAGGGACUUCAGAUUUUGGGGCAGACCCUAAAGGCCAGCAUGAGAGAGCUCGGCUUGCUCAUAUUUUUCCUUUUCAUCGGAGUUAUUCUCUUCUCCAGCGCGGUUUACUUCGCAGAAGCAGACGACCCCACUUCCAGUUUCACCAGCAUCCCGGACGCGUUUUGGUGGGCAGUGGUCACCAUGACCACAGUGGGAUACGGAGACAUGCAUCCAGUGACCAUCGGUGGGAAAAUAGUGGGGUCGCUGUGCGCAAUAGCAGGCGUGCUGACCAUUGCCUUACCAGUGCCAGUGAUUGUGUCCAACUUUAACUAUUUUUACCACAGGGAGACUGACGGAGAGGAGCAUCCACAGUACGUGCACACGGGCAGCUGUGAGCACCUCCCCUCUGAGGAGCUGAGGAGAUCGUGCAGCUCCUCGUCCCUCAGCAAGUCUGAGUACAUGGUGAUAGAGGAGGGCAUCAACAGUGCGUUCAAACAGCCCAACUUCACCACCGAGAACAACCAGAACUGCGUCAACAUCAAAAAGAUUUUCACAGACGUGUAAAUGAACCCAACAAAAAAACCCCGCCUGGAUCAUUUAUGGAGCAUGAAUAGUAGCGACAAUACUAUUUUUUUUUAUAUAGCCAAUCGUAAUGUGUCAGUUCAUAUCUGUGGAUGAACACUGCACAAAUGUCCAUUUAACAAGUCAUUUAUCACUUUUUAGACUUAAGCGAGUGAGAAAUGACGAUUCCACUUGUUUACACAGUCAAAUGUUUCGAGGAUUUCUUUAAAAUAAAGUAUUAACAUUAAUACUCCAAAACAUUCGCUUUGGGAAAGUAUUAAUUUCCAAGCUGUUGACAAUAUUCUUUUUUUUUGAGGAAUAAGUGGCUUGUUUAAAGAAAUAUUUUUGCAGUGUCUAGUGCCACACGAUGCCUACAUAUCUUGAUGUUCAUGCGAAAGUUGUUGAUGUUCAUGACUGGGACUCACGUGUAGCAUAGUCUACUAUAUUGCAUCAACCCACCAGUCAAAAAAGACGUCUUGUGAUUCGUGGAAAAAAAAUAUGUCCAGUAAUGUAAUGAAUAAUCUAUGGUAAUCCAUAUAGCCAAAUGCCUGUUUUAGGUUAUAUUUAAUAUCAUAACCUGUCGAGACUUUGGACUCUUGAGUCUUGUUCAGAUUAUUAUUCAGGUAAUAAAACGCAGAGUGGUGUAGAUGGAAACGCUUAUCAUAAAAUUCAAAGUCGAGCUUUUCGUAAAUUGUAUUUUUAUUCAGAGUUGCCUAUAUAGCCUAUAUUAAAUAAAACGGAGAAAUGAAGUAACCCAGACUCAAAAUGUCAUAAUAAUAUUUUCUCAAAGAUUCAAUAUCGUUGCAAAGUCCGUCCAGAGCGAGCAGUGGGGGGGAAUAUGAAGUAUGUUUAUUCCGUGUUUGAGGUCAUGUGCGCGGCGAUGACAGGAUGAAAACAGUGUGGAUGAUAGAGGGGACAACGUGCGCUACGCUCCGCCUCCUGCCUGCUGAACCCGCCCUGUGAUGCAGUCUCCAUGGCGACGGUGGUUUCCCGGGUAACCCCCUCUAAUGUUACCAUGGCAUUGUAUUGCAUUCUCACAAAGACUUUCCAACUGUGGUUCAUUAUCACCUUUUUUUGUCUUUGGAGGGGGGAAAAAAGGGGGACAACCGGAUGUUUUUUUUUAUAUCAUGUUAAACAAACGUGGAGUUUAAUAAUUAAUUGGUUUCUUUGAGGAUAAUUAAAUCAAUAUCAAUAAAUCAGCACUGUUUGUCCUUGAGGCGAAGUUAAUAGCUUGUGGCUCCAGGCAAUAUGUUGGCAGAUAUGUAGAAACAUACAGAAUAUCAUGAAAAGCUAUUUAAUCAGUGCAGCCUUGCCUUUUGUUUCCCCUCACUAAAACCGCCUCAGCUGCUGUUUUUCAGAUGUGAGCUCCAUUCUCGGAGUUGGCAUGCCAACGAUGUCUGACGUCAGCUACCUUUCAUCCCCUCCAGCAGACACUCGCACGUGUGCUUUUAGUAUAAAGUGGCUGAGAGCCUAAAGUUACACAAACAAACAGCAAAACUCAAAAGAGUCCACUGAAACGAUGCUUAAUUAUGUCAUAUGUAAGGAGUGUAUCAUUACAGUAAUGGUAGUGCUGCAACCAACGAUUAUUUUAUAUUAGCAUUUAAUCUGUUGAUUAUUUUCUCCAUUAAUCGAUUCAUCAAUUUGUGUAAAAUGUCAUAUAAUUGUGAAAAAGGCUUCUUAUUCAAGAUUCAAGAAACUUUAUCUCUCACAUAAUAACAGAAAUUCCUCUUUGACACGGCCCAAUCAAAGACAAAAGUUGACAAAUGCAACAAUAACAAAGUAGAAACAGUAAAAACAUCACAGUCAAAAAAGUUAUGAAUGCUAACGGCAAUACAUGAUUUCCCAAAGUCUGAAAUGACAUCUUUAAAUGUCUUGUUUUGUCCGACUAACAGCCCAAAACCCAAAGAAAUUCAGUGUGU